UCACACAAAGGUCAGAGAAGAAAGAUAACAUCAACACACACGCAGAAAACAAGCCUCUUCAUCCGAUCGACAGAGCAUCGAUCCUUCUCGCCAUGUCCGAGGAAAACCACCACGAAAGGGCCUAUAUGUCCCUGAUGAGAGGCUUCAGGGAGCUGGACCUCCGUGGCCCCUGUGUCCCCAGUGACCUGGUGCUGACUGGAGACCAUGCCUUUCCUUUAGCAAUGAACAGCCGAGGUCAGGUCCUGAUGGCAGCCUCUUUGUACGGCCGUGGGAGGAUUGUGGUCCUGGGUCACGAGGGCUACCUGACCACCUUUCCUGCUCUGGUAGAGAACGCUCUGACCUGGCUGAGAGGAGAUGGAUCUGACAACGUCUCUGUGGGGGUCCACAAACGCGUCGAGAAAGCCGCUGAUAAUCUCAGCAAAUCCAGCUUCCAAGUCGCAGUCGUCGGGGCCUUCAGUGACAAUCGGGCGGUCGGCGUGUACGUGACGGACGCCUACAGCGUCGGUGCAGACGUGAAGGACCUGGUGGCUUUUCUGAAAGCCGGAGGAGGAGUGCUGAUAGCGGGGCAGGCGUGGAGCUGGGCUGCAAACCACCCUAAGGAGAACACGCUGCUUCAGUUCGAAGGGAAUAAGGUUUGCGGCGUGGCAGGAAUCUACUUCUCUGACCACAAGGGUGAGGCAGAGUGCCUGCCUGUCUACCCACAGAUCCCAUCCUCCUGGAUGGCCGUAGUGAUCGGAAAGGAUUUUGAGGAUGACUUGCAGUUCUUACUCCAGGGGGUGUCAGAGUUUGACCUCCAAGGUCGACUUCUGGCUUCUGAGGUUCUGGUCCACGGCCCGCUGGCCUUUCCCAUCGGGACCACAGACAGUGGACAGGCCUUCCUGGCAGGAAGCUACUACGGGCAGGGACGAGUCAUUGUGGUCACACAUGAAGGGCUUCUGGGACGAGAGACCAUGGCUCCAUUUUGGAAAAAUGCUCUUCACUGGCUGGAUGAAGGUCGCCAGGGGGUCGUUGGCGUCGCGCCAAACGCUCCCUUCGAUGUCCUCCGCAAGUCGGGGAUGCAGUGUGAGAAGACGCACUUCAGAGAAGGCCUGAGCGUAUUCGUGUGCACGGCGUAUGGCGAUGCUCAUGUGGAGGAAAUCCAACAGUUUGUGGCAGAGGGAGGAGGCCUGCUGAUCGGUGGACACGCCUGGUACUGGGCACAGUCUCGCCCCGGGGAAAACGAAAUAACUAAUUUCCCAGGGAACAAGAUCCUGAACGCAAUGGGCUUGAGCUUGUUGAAGAAAACCGUCGGUGCCGGUUUAUACAAGGCCCCCGUGCCAAGCAAGGCCAUCAAAGACUCCUACCACUUCCGCCACCUCCUGCACCGCUUCGCCAGCCACGUGUCUCACGGCGUGGAGCUCAACGGGCACGAGGAGGGGCACCUCAAGAGGCUGGGCGCGGACUGCGUCACCUACUUGAACAUGAAGGCUCAUGGAUGCCCCUCCUACACGCAGGUGCUGUCCACCCUCACUGACAUCGUGAUGAAGUCGGGCAUGCCUCAGGUGUGCGACAGCUGUCCUGUGAAGAGUCCCAGAGACCACCUGCUCCUCAGUUUGGGGACAGAGGUGUAUAAGGUCUGCCCAGAUCCGGAUGCCCUCCUGCCCUACCUCAUCAAGGACAACCCCUUGAUGCAAGUCGUCUACAACCACAGAAUCAAGAUCGAUGUCCACACAGCAGCUGGAUUGGAGUGGAUCAGUACAGGGCUCUACCUCUCACCUGGUAUGAAGACCUACAUCGCCAUGCCAGCAGAGAUUGUCAACAAAGAAUGGAAGAUCCAGAUCAGCUGUCAAACAGACUACCUGAAAGGCGACCAAUUGAAGAGAGCGCCGUGUGUCCACGAGAAAUUUCCCGUCAUUUCGGAGAUGAUGCAGGUGUGGAACCUGUGGGGGGGGCUCAUCUACCUGGUGGCUCCACCCAAAACUAAGGUGGAGGGGGUAGAGGCCAUCGUGCAGAUGGCUGUACCUGCGCCUUACUAUAAAUCCGGCGUGACUACAGCAGCUGAUUGGUUGUUGCUGCGCACAGCUCCCUCCCCCUGGGCGGAGCUGGAGUUCGACAACAUCAUCCUCACCGUCCCAUCGGACGUCGUCCGGAGCCUGGAUCGCCCCGACGAGCUGGCGGCCCUUUGGGACGAGAUGAUGAGGAGCAUCGCGGACCUGGCUGCCAUACCGCACACAUUUCCUCGCAAAGAACGCUUUGUAGCGGAUGUGCAGAUUUCCCACGGUUGGAUGCACGCCGGUUAUCCCAUCAUGGGACAACAGUCCACGGCAGGUGAGCUGGUCAGCGUUGAACGUAUUAGGAGUAAAGGCCUGUGGGGGCCCAUCCACGAACUGGGACACAACCAACAGAGAGGCUGCUGGGAGUUCCCACCAAACACCACGGAGUGCACGUGCAACCUGUGGUCGGUGUAUGUGCACGAGGAGGUGUUGGGGAUCGACAGGGCGAAGGCUCAUCCAGCUGUGACUUCGGCAGAACGCCAAAAACGAAAAGAGGGUUACGUGAAGGCGGGCAAGAAGCGCGGCAGCUGGGAAAUGUGGGUGGCCCUGGAGACGUUACUUCUCCAGGAACAGUUUGGCUGGGACGCCUUUAAGAAGGUGUUUGCCGCCUACCACGAGAUGAGCGACUUUCCCAAGGACAACGAGGGAAAGAUGAACCUGUACGCUGUGACGCAGACAGGAACCGUGUGCUUCUUCGAGGCUGGCCAUAGAAACAACGAGGGAAAGAUGAACGACCUGCCUCCCUGGAGCGACCACCCCAUGGUCCAGUACGACUGAACCUUGAAAAUGCAGAUAUAUGAGGACCACAUUUAUGACAUUGACUAUUUAGUGGGUGAUUUAUUUAACUGACUCUCUUUUCUUCUUUUCUUGUUGUAUUCUUUUCGUAUUCAUUUUAAUAUAUAUAUAUAUAUAUAUAUUUUAAAAAAAAGAAACGAUAGUUGACCGGAUAUAUAUACAGCACUAGCUCUGUCACCGGUGCUGUAGACAAGUUAUUAACUAUCAUCUGUGUCAAGAUACAGUGGAGUAAUGGCGUCUCUCAUUUGCUCUGAUGCGCCUGCUUAUUUUUACACUGUAUAGUCAUGCUUUAUAAGAUCACAUGUCAAAUGUCUUUUAAUGCAACAUUUGCCUUUUUAUUGUCA